AAUGGCGGCGGAGGCGAGGCCGGCGUGAGUGGGGUGAGGUGCUGUGCCUUCCCGGCCGAAGUUUCUCAGCCACGUGGCUCUAGGUUGUGGGUGCUAUCAGGAUGUCGGAGGGCAGCUCGGCGGGGGAACCGGGCCCAGCCGGAGGGGGCCGUCCCUCGCUGCCCGGGGCCCGGGGGCUGAUCGGGCGGCGGCCCGCGGCCCCUCUAACCCCGGGCCGCCUCCCCUCCAUCCGUUCCAGAGACCUCACAUUGGGGGGCGUCAAGAAGAAAACCUUCACUCCUAACAUCAUUAGCCGGAAGAUCAAGGAAGAGCCAAAGGAAGAAAUAUCAGUCAAAAAAGAGAAACGAGAGAGGGAUCGAGAUCGACAGCGAGAUGGGCAUGGUCGAGGAAGGGGUCGUCCAGAAGUGAUCCAGUCCCACUCCAUCUUUGAGCAGGGUCCUGCAGAAAUGAUGAAGAAGAAAGGCAACUGGGAUAAGACAGUGGAUGUGUCAGACUUUGGCCCAUCUCAUAUUAUCAACAUUAAAAAGGAGAAGAGGGAAACAGAUGAGGAAACUAAACAAAUUCUACGCAUGCUGGAGAAGGAUGAUUUCAUAGAUGACCCAGGGCUCAAGAAUGAUACACGAAACAAACCUGUGCAGCUUCCUCUGGCGCACUCAGGGUGGCUCUUCAAAGAAGAAAGUGAAGAACCUGAUGUUAAGCCCUGGCUAGGGAGAACCAAGGAAGAGAGUAUGGAGGUGGAUGUGCCAGCACUGAAAGUGAAAGAGGAACCACAAGAUGAGGAUGAGGCCAAGGCAGCGGCCCCCUCCCGGCCCAGCCGAACAGCACCUGGACUUCCUCAAGAUGUGUCCGUGGCGGACUUACUCAGGGAACUGAACUUUGCCAAGGAGGAAGAACUUUUGUUCCUACAGCUGCCUGACACGCUUCCUGGCCAGCCUCCUACCCAGGACAUCAAGCCCAUCAAGACGGAGGUUCAAGGAGAAGAUGGGCAGAUGGUGCUCAUGAAGCCAGAGAAAGACCGGGAAGCUAAACUGGCAGAGAACCUUUGUACGCUGAGUGACCUGACAGAGGGUCAGGUGGGAAAACUGCUUAUCCGAAAAUCAGGAAAGGUGCAGCUGCUUCUGGGCAAAGUGACUCUGGAUGUAACAGUGGGUACUUCCUGCUCCUUUUUGCAGGAGCUGGUGUCUGUGGGUAUUGGAGACAGCAGGACAGGUGAUCUGACAGUGCUGGGCCAUGUGAAGCACAAGCUCGUGUGUUCCCCUGAUUUCGAAUCCCUGUUGGAUCACAAACAGCGGUAGAACCAGCCGACUCAGGGUGAAAGAGUAUCCAUAUGUGCUGAAGGGCAGUGGAGACCCAAAUGGAGCCGUGGAAAGUAAGACUAUUUCUUUUGGUUUUCCUCUUACUUGAAUCUACUGGACGGAAGUAGAGGUGUUUCCUGUGCCUCGACCUCCAACUCCUUCCCCUAGUCCUUCUUUGUCAGCUGUAUCUCAAAGGAAAAGGCUCCAACUUUACUCCUCUCAAGCAGGAAACAGGAAAAUCUACUACUUUUAAAGGUCCUGAAUCACAGAAUUGUGCAGGAUACCCUUUUUGCCAUGGACUCUGAAGCCAACAUUUUGCUAGAGUGUAGGCUCUGUUGGAAGGCAUGAAUAGAGAAGCUUGUGUCAACACACUGUUUGUUCAUCUCCAUGUGCUCUUGACUGAUUUGGGGGGCCCAUCCCAAGCCUAACCACUGUAGUACUUUUUCUCUGCUAAAGUAGCUAGGUUCACCUCAGAGAGGGAUAAUUGUGGUGACCCUGAGGUAUUAAAAAGAGGAAAAAGGCAAUGGGCUUUAUGGAGGGAGGCCCGCUCAAAAACCUUGAGCUAAGAGACUCUCUUUCUAUUCCCCACUCUCCCACCACCAUAGAACAUGCCUACCCUUCUUGGACCACAGUCACAGCCUGGCUUUCCUUGUUUGGCCUAUGGUAUUAUUACCUUCAGUGUACAGGUUGUCCUGGAUCACCAGGCAUUUCGUCCCUCCAAGGGAUAGCCCCUUGAAGAAAAACUCCCCUCUCCUUUCCCUUCCUAGUAGAAUCUGUAUACCUCCUGGUUCAGCUGUAUUGAGUUUCCUCCAGCAUUAGCGCCAAGCUGUGAUGAUACAAUGUCAUCAUACAUGCUACAUGCCUCAGUUUGCAGGAAGUAGGAGAUGCAAGACUUCCAGAUAUCCUCCCAAAGCAUUGCGUUGUUCAAGGACGGUGUAGUGUUACAGUUCUGCAUGGAUAAAGGGAAAAAUCUGUUCUCUGUGGUCUCCAAAGACACAAUUGCAGCUGGCCCAAAUAUAUCCAAGGCGCAGAGCGGGGUCUGGCAUUGCCUCUGUAGGCUGUUACUAAUGGUCCUCUCCCCAGAAAUGAGGGUAGUGCUUAGUGCAUAAUUUCUUAGGAGAAGAGAGUUCCAUGGGUACUGAGAAACUUGUGCCCAAAAAGCCCUGUGCUGUGGAAGUGAGGUCACAGUAGGCUGUGAUUUUAUAAAGAUGACCCUCUCCCUGCUUCUAAGUGGCCCUGGUGAGGAAAUUCAUUUCCUGUAGCAAACUCUUUUCCUUUGUCCUGUUCCACCACUCUGUCAGUCAUGGGGGAGGUUUUCCUUGGUCCCAUUAUCCACAAACCUUCUGGUCAGUAAGUCCGAUUGGCUAUUGCUCCAUUUGCUCACGUCCUUAGUAAGUUAAUGCAGCUCUGCUUUGUCCUGAAAAAGCUCCUGCUCUUAUCCUAGGAAAGAAUUUGGGAUAAUGACUAGAGAGCUAGCCUUGGAGGCAGGAGGUCCUGGGUUCAGGUCCUGCUUCUCACACUUAAAGGCUGUAUGACCUUAGCUAAGUCACAACUUCUCAGGGCCUCAGAAUUAAGUUGCAGAACACUUGCUGAUCUGUGUUGACAGGGGAAGAUUCAUCCCUAGGUAUUCUCUAUACCCUGAAAUCAAAGAUCUAGACAAAUUGGAUGACUGGAGAGGACAGGCUUCCUUGGAAGUUCGUUGUCGGUUUAGGCAGGAUUUCCACAGGUUGAGUGGGAAGCUGAGCAGACAGGAAUUGCUGAUGAGCCUGGCUUCCCCUUGACUCUCUGGGUCACAAUUAUUGCUCCUCUUCUUUUGAAGUAACUGGUGGCACAGUGGAUGGGGCACUGAGUCUGGAAUCAGGAAGACCUGAGUUCAGAUCCAGCUUUAGACCCUUACUGUCCAGGUGACCGUGGGCACGUUACUAAACCUCUUUCAACCUCAUUCUCCUGUGUAAAAUGGGAACAAUAACAGCACCUACCUCCCAGGGUUGUUAUGAGGAUAAAAUGAUUAAUAUUGUAUGUGCUACAUAAAUGUUAGCUGUUAUUAGCUACUCUUUGAGAAUUGCUAAUGACUUUUGUGCCAGUGGAUUUCUAUGAUAAACUCAGUGGUUUCUUUUUGAUGAAGAAUAAGGACACUUCAGACUCUGAAACUAAAUUCAAAGGUGUUAGGUACCCUCCAGGAUUUGCCGUCUCUGGCCCUGACCCCUUGGAACUCCUGGGUGGCAAUAUGGGGUGCCCUUGUGUCAAAUGGCUCAGCAUAUAUUUUAGGUUUUAAGUCACAAUAAAUCAAUCAUCCUGCAUCA